GAGGCUCACAGCUCACGCUUAUCCCGCCACAUUUUCGCCUCAGCCGGACAUGCGCACAAGUACUGUAAAUUCGACAGCUUAUGUUGCUUCGUGGGGGCAGGAGUUUAAAAUACCUACAGCUGGUGUAUCUGCCGAAUGCAAAAGAUGUCAGGGGUGCAGAAGGCCCCCGGCAGCGUCGAGCUGAAGCCGCCUGACAAAGGGGAGCAGCCGAUGGACCUGGCUCCCAGGACGGCGCAUCAGCACGUCGCCGCCGCCGCCUCUGCUGCCAAACCGACGCAAUUGCAGGUCACCACUAUCGGGCCCGCGCUCCGACCGCACCUGGACACGGCCAAGUCGGCGUUCACGACGCUGGGCCAGAGGCUUCCUGCGUCUUCAAGGCCAGUCUUGCAGCCGGCCAUUUCUGUGUCCUCAACCGGGGGAAAUGUAGUCGCUGCCUCUGUUACACCAUCGUAUACAGUCAAGUCUGUGGGUGGAUCGUCAGUGCCCCAACUCUCAACGCUGCGGCACAUGGUGACGCCAUCAGCGACAGGGGUGUCGUCUCCGAAUGCUGGCACCAUUGUUACUUCAAUAGCAUCUCCAAUGGCAUCCAUCAUCCGAGGCAACACCAUCACUACCACCCAGAUUGGCCACACUGCCUCACAUCAGUUCUCUUCACACGUACCCCGAGGGCCAGCAGCUGUUGCAAGCAUCAACACUGCUCCAAAAUCGGCGCUCGCAACGCCAAUGUUGCGGUCUUCAAUGAGUCAAGCAACCACAGCACCUCACAUACCAGUUGGCAGGACGCGGCCAGUGUACAAGAUGACCAGAUGGAUCGCGAAGUUUCACGAGCCAGUGGAGGAAUUUAUCCGUGAAGACUUUGAGUCCGCACAGCAGGCACGGGCAGCUGGGCUUGUUCCUGCUAGAGCGUCAUUUGCAUCCAUACCUCGAUCGGCAGGCCUGUCAAUGGCCCAGGUGAUGGACUUGCAGAAGUCUGGCUCGCACGGAGGAGCUGGUCAGGUGCAGAUUGGCUUUGCCUCGGGCCGCUCCUUGGAACCCCUGGCACGGACAACACUUGGCCACUCCUCAGUUUCCAUAGCCAAGCCUUUGCACGUCACUCAACCCAUUGUACACAGCCUUCAUCAGGUUCCCGAGAAGACGUUCAAGUGCAGCACAUCUCCAGCCGCCGUGCAGUACACAGCUGUGCCUGGGCUUGCCACAGGCACAGCCGGCCACUCUGCAGUGAUCGCAUCAUCGCCAUCGCCUCUCACAACUAGCAAUAGCAGCACUGCUAGCUGUGGGGCCACCAUCGUGUCACCUCAUGCACAAGUUGUACAGCCAAGUGUGCCCAUUCGAAGUAACAUGGGCACCAUGUCCCUUGUUACGUUGGCUCCCACGUCUGUUGUACAGUCGACACCGCAGGUGGUGGCAACAUGUCAGCCUGCAUCACUUCAUGGUUCCAACCUGGCCACUGGAGGCUCAGGCAUUCACCCAAUUUUCACCGUGGUGUCAGGCAAGAGUCCCCUGUCAGUGGCACCGGCAUCCACAGCGCCAAGCAUAGGACUACCCCAGAACAGGCUUGCAGGCGCAUCGCGUCUUGUGACGACAGCGUCUCCAGCAGUGCAGCCAACAAGUGUCCAGGUUGCGGGAUCAGUGACUCGCCCAGUAACGACGACUGUGGCCAUUCAGCCACCUACUAUGUCUGUGCCAACGGUUUCAGUUGUCAAGACACGCCCUGAGGAUGCCUCCAAAGAUGACCGACGCUAUGUGCCGGGGACCAAGGUGUUUGGGCCGACGUCUCUUGUGGGAUCAGCAGCAAGCUUGCAUGCUGGUGCCGGCCUGGAGGCAGCGGCUACUGUGUCGGAGCCCACAGGAAACCUCUUUGUGACUGGCACAGCAGCAAGGAACCUCACUACAACCAUUUCCUCCGUGUCAAGCAACAUCCCGACAACUGCGUCGCCAUUGCCUGCAACUGUCGUCAUUUCCGACACCCGGACAGACAGGCCAGCGCAGUUGCAGGGUGCCGCAGCAACACCAUCAUAUGCAGUACCAGCGACGUACUUGUACGAGUCAUAUCCGAUCCAGGGUGCCACCAUUACAAUGCAUCCAUACGCAGCAGCUACCCCAGCAGGUGUCACGCCUGUCUUUCCUGUGACGUCAGCGCGACCCAGCCGGCCGCACCUGGUGACUGGAAGUGCCAUGCCUUCAUCAGCAACUACUGUGGUGCAUCCGCCACAGCCUCUGCAGCAGCAGCAGCAACAACAGCAGGCUCAGCUGUCGCAGCCGCAGCCGACGGCGACGCACAUAGGUGCCUUGUCACUGGGUGCUUCUCCGGCUCUCGGAGCUGCCACCACUCUGGGCUCGCCAUCUCCCCUUGGGGCUGCCAGCCCUCUGGGUGCCAACUCCUUGGCAUCAACUGUGGUGCCUACCAUGGGGGCAGCAGCAGGUCAAGUUGUCAACGCAGUGCCACUUGGGACUGGUCAGGCCACGCCUUCUGCCGUUGCUGUUCCUCCGCCGCUGGCUAGCACACAACAGCCGUUGGGAGCAGCAGCUACUUUGGGCGUAGCCUCACCAUUGAGCUCAGCAAUGGGCUCCGGUCCCUUGGGGGCCACAACGGUGCGCGCACCACUCAUGGUAGCAGUGGACUCAAUGAGCAGCCGACAACAGCAGCAACAUCAGCAGCAGCUAGUUUCCCACAGUGCUCUGCACGCGCAGCCAACAGGCUUCACGUCCACAGGUUUGACGGCGCAUAGUAACUCCGGAAGCGAUGGUGUGGUCACUUCUCAGCCAUCUUCGGCACCUGCGCAGCCCUACAGCUGUGUGACACCAUCAAAUCUGCUUUCACCUACACACAGCUCAACACCACCGAAUCACAACACUUCGCCCCGUCCUAGCAUUUUGAGGAAGCGGACGUUUGAAAGUGCCCACCUGAGUGUAAAGAAAAACCUCAUGGCAUCGCUUCCUGGAUCGGAGCCUGCCAGUCCUCGUUCUGAAGCACCUGCAUCACUUUCAACUACUUCUUCACCGAAACCUGCAAGUGACAUUCAGCAGGAAAGCAGCAAUAGCAGUAGCACCGCAAGUGACCCACUUUUACCAGAGGCCUCCAAGUCAUCGUCCUUGCCUAUAGUCAAUAUCAAGCAAGAGCCUCCAGACACAUGUGAAACACCUCCAAAUGGAAAUGCCUCGGUCCUGCCUGCCCAUCAAAAUUCUACAGUGGAGGCUUCGCCACGAAAGAAACCAAGAAAGCAGUUACUCUGUGCAAAUGAGUUUUUGGACACCCAUUCUACUGAUGGAGAUGAUGACAUUGAAAAGGAGAGUCGGGAAAAUCUCAAGAAGGAAUUCUCACGGGGAGGUGAGCAUUCAUGA